CAGCCGUCAGUACUUCAGCAUCAGCGCAGAGCAACACAAGCUGACUAACUGAAGACGCCUUUAUUGAUUCGCACCGUGGGGAUCUACUUUCCCGCUCUCUGGAGGAACUUUAACUCUUUAAUCUCGGUGGUUCAAUCGUCGCUUCGCCAUGAGUGUCAGUAUGACCUCGGAGAACGUGUUUCACUCGGCGCUGCAGCCCAACACGUCCGUCAGCACUUAUGCGGUUCCCUCCGAGACCGAGCUCGCGCACGGCGGGACCUACGCCAAGGAGGAGGCGAGGUUCAAGCGCGUGCACCAGCAGGUGACUUUGAGACUGGCGGAGAAAUCCACGCUCCCGCGCCAGAACGGCUCGUCGGCACAACACGCAGCCUCAGAGUCUGGGAAUUACUCAACCAUGACAAAAUAUUCAACAACGAGCCAGAAUUUCACUCCAAAUUUCAGCUCUAAAUCCUUUGUUUAUUCCUCCGGCAGACCAAUGACGACCCCGCGUCCAUCCCAGUACUCUAGUGGUUACUCAUCCCGCUCUGCCAUUGAUUUUGCCCCAAGAACCAAAAUGAGUUACACAGGAGGUGGUGGUGGUGGUGGAGGCGGGGCGUAUUACCAAGAAGAUUUAGGUUACCAGGGUGGUGGUUUCCAGGGUGGUGGUUACCAAAGUGGUGCUUACCAAAGUGGUGGCUACCAAAGUGGUGGCUACCAAUGUGGUGUGGGCCAAGUGCAACAGCAGCAGGUCAACGCAAUGACUCGAUCCUUCAGCCGAAUGGGGGGCGACCAGGACACCCAGUCCGUGCACUCCAUGCGUGUGGCAUCCAUACCACGCCACGUGGCUUCCUCAUGGGCGGCGCAGGAUGACAGCGACGGCAGCCUGGUUUCAGAACGAGAUGCCACUUACAUACAACAGGCCUCCAUGCAGAACAUGAGCAACGGUUACGUCGCCAACACCUACCCACGUCAGUCCGUGUAUUCGACCUCUAGGGUGAACGGAUUCGAAAGCGGACAGCAGCAGGCCAGUUCUAUGACGCUGCCGGCCAUGAAACGCUCCCUCAGUGGGACGCUGGCCACUGGCGGCGGAGGAGGUAGCAUGGAGCAGGAGGUCUACGUUAAGUCUACAUCCUUUAAAGGCCCCGCCCACCGCACCAUCAGCCGAAUCAACAACCGGCAAACGAGUCGCGGGGCCAGCAUAUCAUCAGGCAUGUACGGAAGUGCUGGAUUCAGUGGCUCCCAGGGCAACCUGGCCAUGAUGCAGCAGGGACGGCUGUCACGCGCUGGAUCUGUCAGGAGCAUGCAUAGCGUCGGGAGAGGCAAGGAUGUGUUUGAUGGCAUGGAUAUGGCUGGGAGCAUGGGCAACCUGAGCGGACUUAACAGUUUGGACAUGCCGACUGCCAUUACCUAUCUUGACGAUCCCGAUCCAAAUCUUCAGAUGUUGGGGGCUGCCUACAUUCAGCAUGAGUGUUACCAUAACAAUGAUGCAAAGAAACUGGUGAAUCAGCUGAAGGGCAUUCCCCUCCUGGUCGACCUGUUCACCAGCCAGAGUGAAGAGGUGCAGCGCUACGCCACUGGCGCCACCAGAAACCUCAUCUAUGAGAACAUGGACAACAAAGUGGCCCUUAUUGAAUCCGGCGGGAUCCCCAAACUCAUAGACGCCCUUAAAGAACAAGACGACGAACUCCGCAAGAACAUCACAGGUAUUCUGUGGAAUCUGUCUUCUAAGGAUAACCUGAAACAAAGGCUGGCACAAGAAACUCUUCCCGAAUUGACAGAUAAGAUUCUGAUUCCCCUCUCUGGCACCGGGGAAGACGACAUCAUUGAGCUGAACCCCUCCGAGUCCGACAUCUUCUUCAACACCACCGGCUGUCUCAGGAACUUGAGCUCGGUGAACGAGAAGACCAGAGAGAAGAUGAGAGGGACAAGUGGCCUUAUAAAUGCUCUGGUUGGCUAUAUUCAGAAAUGCUUGCUGGACAAGAGAGUGGAGGAAAAGGGUGUGGAGAACGCAGUGUGUGUUUUGAGGAAUCUGUCCUUUCAGCUGUACAAUGAGAUGCCCCCUUCAGCACUUCUGCGGCUGGAGGGUCCGAAUCGAGCUCAGAGCUCCUCAAAAGCAGAAGCUAUCGGCUGCUUCACCCCUAAUAGCAAGAAGGCCAAAGAUAGACAAAAUCAGGACCUCUCCACAUUUACAGAAGUGUCACGGGAGCCCAAAGACAUUGAGUGGCUCUGGCACCCUAAGAUAGUGGACGUGUAUAACCAGGUGCUGCAGAAGUGCGAGAUCAACUCCACAACGCGAGAGGCCGCGGCCGGAGCCCUGCAGAACAUCACAGCUGGAGAGAAGCGGUGGCCGUCCAUCUUGAGUCGUGUGGCACUGGAGCAGAAUAGGAUGUUGCCUGUCAUUCUGGAUCUCUUGAGGACCAACAACGAUCUCGAGCUGCGUUCUCUCACCGGCUUCCUCAGAAACCUGACCCGUCACGCCAAGGACAAGAAUGACAUGGCCACAAAGGUGGUAAAUCCCUUGCUUUCCAAACUCCCCGCCGAUGGGCGGCAGAAGGAGCCGUCCAGUGAUGUGGUGGUGAACAUCUGUGGAGCCCUCAACAACCUGGUGACCAGCAGCAUGGUGGCUGCACGAGACAUCACCUUCUUCGACGGUCUGCCCAAGCUGAUGGGCAUCAAGACGUCUCAUGACAGCAGCUCUGCUAAACUGAAAGCUGCUAAAGCUGCGGCAACAGUGCUGAGCAACAUGUUCCAGUAUAAGAAACUACACAAAGAUUACAGAAGCAAAGGGUUCCUGAAAGAAGACUUUUCAGACCUGGGCUUCUGAAUGGAUUAUAAUGUCAAACAAGAAGAUAUUUAAUAAGGACAAUGGAUAAAGAAAAUAUAACCGGAUCACCAGCAAAAUAAAUAUUCUGAAAAGUGGAUAACACACACAAGACUUUAUUGCUACUGUAUAGGAUGAACACUUCCUGUUUAGCCUAGUAUUUUUUAUAUUUUUCCCCAAAAAUCCUCAGGGAUUUAAUGCAAUAUGUCUUUUAUUUAUAUACUGGCUGUAGCCUGUAUAUAUAUAUAUAUAUUUUUGUCUAUUAAUAUACAGAAACACAGAAUAUCCAUGAUAUAAUAAUUAUAUCUUGGGAAUUUAAUCCAUCCUUUAAAAACAGUUUUUUUUGUUGAUAUUUGUAGAAAAAUAUCUGUAUUAUGAUGGUAGGGAAGACAUUUUAGCUGGAACAUUGGAAAUGUGAGGGGAUAGAUGAUAUAAGGAGAUUGUAAUAUGUUUUAUAAUACACAGAAAUGCUGUAAAUGUCUCUGGGGAGAUUUGGGCUGUUAAUCAGCCUUCUUGUCAUAAUAGAAUUGCUUAUUUCUUACUAGUCUGUUUUAAAAUCUAGUGGGUUUUCUUCUCUCUUUUUUUGGUGUUUUGCUAUGUACAGAUAGUAUGUGUCAUUAUUAAGUGUAAAAAUAUUAACUCUAAUGAUAUGAGGACACUUGGUGAAAUACCAUCUGAAUGUUUGAAUGGAAAUGUUGCAUUUAAACCCACUGUAUGUUUUAACAAAGAAACAUCAAGAUAUGCCAAAUACAUAUGGAUAAUUUCUGUUCACUUAUGAAUUAUUCUGUUUUUCAUAAUUGUGUAUGGUGCAAUAUGUGCAUUCAUUUGAUAGUAAGCAAUUCUACUUACACGUAGUGUUCUUUUUUUAUGUAUAAACUUUUAUUAUGGAUGUUGAAUGUUUGGUUUAGGUUGGUAUGCUUGCAGAAGAUAGUUAAUCUGGUGUGUAUGAAAUAGACUGUUAUGAGGGAUUUGCCGUCUUUAAAUAGUUGAGACAUGCUUUUUUUUUUUUUCACCGGAUGGAGACUUGAUUCUGCAGAGAGGUCUUGAACUUCCUGACCUUUAAGAAUGCAUUGAAUGUUCUCUUUUCAAAGUCUUUGAUGAUCGAAUGUCUAGAAUAUUUUUUAAUAUCGUUUUAAUAUAGUCGCAAUUUCAUUGUAAAAUGCAUGUGCGUGAGUGUCAUAGAUCUAUGUUCAUAUAAAAAGCAAUAAAAAGGAAAUAAAGAGUU